AUGAUUCAACUAGAAUUUACACAAAAAAUGAAUCGUGAUAUACAUAUAGUUAUAGUUGAUAAAAUAAUAGGUCUAAACCCUAAAUACACAACAAAGUACAUAAUUGUUAAAACGCACUAUAAUCACAUCGAAAUAACUUGGAGAAAUUACAAGAAUAGACCUGAGUCAUUAGCCACUCGAGUUUGGGAAGCAGUUGAAAACGACAAUACUUCCGAGAACAAGAAGUUUUUAAGUAUAACUCCUCAAAAAAUAAGACUUCCUGAAACUUCUUAUACUGGCUAUGGUGGAAGAACGAUUCUAGUUAAAGAUGUACCAGCAUAUGCUCGAAAUUUACCUGAAAUGUUUUAUCGUUAUAGUCCUAAAAGUUGGGCAGAUGCUAAGAAAUAUCAAUUACAGUAA